AUGGGUUCGACUGACGAUACAGAAAAUGAUCUCCACUUGACACUAGAUACUGCAAUUUUUCCGAAAGGAACAGUCAGUGCUAGAACUGUAAGUGCCAUCACAAGCAGGAUUGACAGCAGAGGUGCAAAGUAUUUCAUCGAAAACGAAUCAGCUUCUAUUGUUAUACAAGUAAAAGCAGAGGAUGUACCAGAAGAUUUUGGAGUUGAUUAUCUUACAGGCGAUACACAUACAAAGGAUGACGAGGAACAUGUCACCUUCGAAGAAGAUGACGACGAGGGGGAAGAUGAAAGAUCACCUCAUCAUCAAAAACAGAGACAGAAAAAGGAAGAAACCCACAAAACUUUAAAUAUUAGGAAAAAAACUAGAAUUUCCGUAGAAAGUUUUGUUUCUAAGACACUUCAACUUCUGGAAAAAGAGAGGACCUCAGAAAUUGAAGAGACAAGGUCAUUGACAGAGAAGUUACCAUCAAAAGAGCUUCAGCGUAGAGGUGUGUGCCUGUUGAAGCUACAUAUAAGCAGUAGGAAGACAGGCCUGUUUGGCAGAGUUAUCAUCAGUUUUGAGACCCAUCUUGAAGCCCUUCCUUCCCACAGCUUCUCACCAGGUGAUAUCAUUGGUUUAAACACAUCACAGGGAGACAACCAAUCAGACAGCCUUGGAUCAGGUCUUGUGACUAAAGUUAGCCAAUCAGCUGUCAGUGUAGCAUUUGAUGAGUCACAAGACCUCUUUUCAUUGGAUGAUGGGCCUAGUGUUUAUUACAAACUAACAAAACUGGCUAAUGAUGUCACUUAUAAAAGGCUAAAGAGAACUCUAGGAAAUCUGUCAAAGGUUCAGCAUGGGGAGUGUGCAAACUUGGUGUCUGUGCUUUUUGAUGAACAGCCCCUCUCGCCUCCAAACAAUAUACAAGACUUGAAGUUUAUAAAUGAGAAUCUAGAUGAAUCGCAACAAGAUGCCGUCCAGUUUGCUCUGGCACAGAAAGAGUUAGCAGUGGUUCACGGGCCACCAGGUACAGGGAAAACUACGACAGUUAUUGAGAUUAUACUACAGGCUGUUAAACAUGGAAAUAAGAUAUUAGCCUGUGCACCAUCAAACAUUGCUGUAGAUAAUCUUGUAGAGAGACUCGCUCGGAGUAAACAUAAAAUCGUACGUCUAGGUCAUCCCGCCAGAUUGUUACCACACAUACAGAAAUAUUCACUGGAUGCUAUCCUGUCUACGAGUGAUGAGACCAAACUAGUAGAGGAUGUGAGGAAAGAUCUUGAUAAAACUUUGUCAGGACUGAAGAAAGCUAGAAAUAAAGGUGAAAAACAGAAACUUAGGGAAGAGAUGAAAUCUUUGCGUAAAGAGUUACGCCAGCGUGCGGACGCUGCCACUAGAGACAUUCUGAAACGAGCAGAUGUUGUAUUGGUCACCCUAACUAGUGCUACAGAUGAUGGACCAAUGAAAUUGCUGGAAGAAAGUCAUUUUGAUGUGACAAUUAUUGAUGAAGUGUCACAAGCUAUGGAAGCAGCCUGCUGGAUCCCGCUUUUAAGAACAAAGAAAUGUAUUCUAGCUGGGGACCAUCUACAGUUACCUCCUACUAUACUCUCAAAUGAAGCCGCUAAAGGAGGUCUUGCUGUGACCUUGAUGGAACGUGUUCUUGACCUUCAUGGUGACAAGGUCAUGAGAAUGUUGACAACACAAUACAGGAUGAAUGAGAAGAUCAUGCAGUGGUCAUCAAAAGAAUUGUACGAGUCCAAAUUGAUUGCUCAUGAUUCUGUGAAACAUCAUUUGCUGAGGGAUUUGCCAGGUAUUACUGAAAAAGAGACUAGCUUGCUACCAUUAUUGUACAUAGACACUGCUGGUUGUGACCUACAGGAACUUGAUUUGCCCGAGGAAAUCUCUAAAGGAAAUGAAGGUGAGGCAGAUAUUGUUGCUGUGCAUGUUGAGAAGUUGUUGGCUUGUGGUGUACAGCAGGAAGAUAUUGCAGUUAUUGCCCCUUACAACCUUCAGGUAGAACUUGUUAGGCUGAGACUUGCCAGUAAAUACCCAAAGAUAGAGGUUAAAUCUGUGGAUGGAUUUCAAGGCAGAGAGAAGGAAGCUGUUAUUAUCUCCCUUGUUAGGAGUAAUACAAGAGGUGAGGUUGGUUUCCUGUCUGAGAGACGAAGAAUCAAUGUUGCUGUAACUCGAGCCAGGCGCCAUUUAGCAGUUAUUGGCGACAGUGAGACAGUAUGCAAGGACAAUUUCCUUUGCACAUUGAUAGAAUAUCUUAAUCAAGAGGCAGAAGUACAGACAGCACAGCAGUAUUUGGAUGAUGGGGUAUUACAGCAAUGUGAUGUAAGCAGACCAGAGCAUCUUGAUGAUCUAAUGGCACUUUCAAAGAAGCAGGGCUCAGAUAAAGGGGCCAGGCCAAAGUCACAUAAACAACAAACAAAUCCUAAACAGCACUCUGAUAGAAAUAAAAAAGAAUUUCACCCACAUGAAGCUAAUAAAAAAUUCAGCAAACAAAAUCAGGCCGAGGAUGAAAGUAGGCUAAAAGAGUUGGAGGAAGAAAUUGAAUUGUUUAUUUCUAAUCAACAUGCAGAUGUUUUAGAAUUUCCAAGCUCAUUGUCUGGGAGAGAGAGAUUUCUAGUCCAUGAGAUUGCAGAGAAGCAUGGUCUUGCGCAUACAAGCAAAGGUAUAGGAGAAGAUAGAUUUAUUGUGGUAACAAAACCUGGUAAAUCAUUGUUGGCUGAAUCAGAUAUUCAAAGUGAUGAAAAGGAAGAUGCUGUAAGAAACACUGUUGAAAUGGAUAACAGACAUGUAGAUGAGGAUAUUGAUGAAAGUAAGAGCAAAGGAAAUAAAAAGAAAAAGAAGAAAAAUAAAGAAAAUAUAGAAGUGAAUGUUGAAGAUAGCAUUAAUAAUAGUGGAAAUGAAGAGCUACUUGAUGCAUCUUUGAAAAAUAGCAAUAAUAAUUGUGGAAAUAAAGAGCUAGUUGAUGAACCUUUGAACAAUGGUGAUAUAUCUGCAAAAGAUUUUAAUGAGGCAAAGGAAUUCAUAGGAGCUCCCAUUUCUGAUGGUAAAAUUGUCUGUGGUAUUUGUAAAAAGGAUGUACUCAAAGCAAAUCUGCAACUGCAUGAAAUUCAUUGUGCUAGGAAGGAAAAAGAUAUGAGAAUGAAAAGGGAAGAGAUGGAAGUAAAAGACAAGCAGAAGAAAGAUGUAUCCAAGUCAACAAAGCACCGGAAAUUUGAUAAAGAACUAGCAGAAAGAGUGGAAAAGGUUGAUAAAGAUGACAUAGACGCUUUGAUUGCAACAGUUCAAAAUAUGGACAACUUUUGCUGUUUCAAGAAGUGCAAAACCAGUGUCCAGACACUUUUUCAAGUAUGUUCACAUUGUCAAGGAAGAUACUGUAUGUCGCAUCAUAUUCCAGAGGUACAUGGAUGUGGGGAAGCAGCACGGGCUCAAGCCCGAACUAGAAUAAGUAAAGAUGGUGUCCUGUAUAGAGGUAGUGGGGUACCAGAAAAAAGACCAGAUGCAACAAAGAAAGCUCAUUUACAAAGAAAGUUAGAUUCAAAAUUAACAGAACUUUCUGCUAAAAGGAAAGGAAAGCCGAAAAAGUGAUCUUGAACUAGUCUCUGUGAUGAUAUUUAUUUAAGUAUUUAUUAAAUCUUAGAUGAUAUUUAAUUAUUUAUUAAAUCUUAGAUGAUAUGUAAUUAUUUAUUGAUCAAAUCUAUGAUUUUUAUUUACAUAAAUAUAUUUAUUUAUUGAAAAGAGGCAAAAAGGAUUAGUGUAAAAAAAAGUGAAGGUGUUGUAAUGCCAUUGACCGUCAGUUAACCCUUGGUUAGCCUUUUUCGUUAAGUUCUCAUUUAUGGUCAUUAAAGUCAAUGCUUAGUACAUUGGAACUAC